AUGCCUUGGGUCGAUGUGGCUGAACAGAACCCCUGGCUGUCGUCUGAUGAUGAGGGGACUCCAGUACUUUGUGUUUCUUCAGGGCCAGUGGUCGUGGAUACGGCGCCCACGAUCAAGGAAGAGCAUCGUGGUCUUGUCGUCUUAGAAAUCCCCCCUUCUUCUUCUUCUUCUUCUCCCUCCCCAUCUCUUAAAGGGGAGGACAACGAGGGUCAAGAUGAUAUUCCCAAGUUGCCCGUUACAGGUUCUUUACCAGCUCCCAUCGCCGUGCCUGAUGGCCGGAGUACUUCAUCACAUCCAUCUCCGUCAAAUUCCCAUAUCAAUACACCCGAACCCACAACUCCUAUUGCUCCUUCUGCGGUAGAUAGUGGUGAAGGUUCAUACAAGGAGGAAGUUCAUCAUAAGAGUCCUUCCACUGCACACGCAGCUGUUCACCACAGUUCGGCUUCUGUUGCUGCUGCUUCCGAAACCAAGAGACGUACGUCAAGCGAGAGUCUCUCGCCUGUCCCAACAGAAAACGCUUAUAUUGAUGACGACGAAGAUGGUGCCGAACUAAAGGGCCCUGUCCGCAACCCACCUUGCUUCCUAUGUGUCACCAAGGUGACUUUGCGUGAUAAGGGUGACAGUGUAUGCGAUCUCUACCCCGAAAUCGAUGAAGGCAGCUCCCUGCCUGAAGUAUCAUCGCGAGCUGAGUUUACAGCUCUGAAGCGACGAGUGAAAUCUGUGGAGGCAAGCCUGCGGCGUCAAGCCAUUCUUCGCCGACAUUCAGAGCCAAGAAAGAGACGAGCCGGACGCGGCAAUUCUGAUCAAGUCAAGAAGGACGACAAGGGCCCAGAAUUGCCCGACUCCGAAGAUGAGGAGAGCUAUGAGAAAGAAGAGACUGAAGACGAAUGGUUACCGUAG